GCCUAUUCUCUUGUUUGCGAGUCUUUAAAUAGAUAAAUACAAUGGGAUAGGUCUGGUGGAUCAAUUGUGAUAAUAACACUACCUAUCUAGGAAUAACGAUUAUCACCACUAUCAUCGACUUUAUAUUGUAUGUACAUCCGUUAAUAAAGCAAACGACAGAGAUAGAGAGAGAAUAGAAAAUAAGCAAACAAGAAAGAAAGAAAGAAGGAAGGAAACAACAAGGCAAUUUAUGCUUCUCAAACACACACAUGACAUACAUGAUUACCUAGGUAGUUUAAACUCGACAUCUCUUUGACUUUAUUUUGUCCAUCUCCAUCUCCGGCUCCGGUUCCGUCUCCAUCUCUCCCACACCUACCCCCCCUUUCCUCCAAGAUGGCGCGAUCACGCACCAUGGCAAUGCGCUACACGCCCCAGCUAUCCCAUCGAUGGGCAGCGCCUCACACGCGGCGCCAAUAUAGCAGCUGCAGCGCAGUCAUCUCUACAUCUAGAUUAUUAUCACAACCGGGUCUCUUCCUCCCACAGCAACAGCAGCGGUGCGCACGCCGGACUUAUGCGACUGAGGGGGGACCUCCUGGUAAAGUAUCUUCGUCGCGGAGUGGCUCCAAAGUCUUCAAGUCCGCGGACGAAGCGGUAGCGGAUCUGGAGGACGGGUACGUGGUUCUCAGUGCUGGGUUUGGGCUGUGCGGUGUCGCUGAAACCCUCAUCCAAGCAAUCCACAAAAAAGGCCUCAAAAACCUCACAGCCGUCUCCAACAACGCCGGCUCCGGCUCCCACGGCCUCGCCCUCCUAACGCGGGACGGACGCCUGGGGCGCAUCAUCCUCUCGUACCUCGGCUCCAACAAGGAACUCGAACAGCAGUACCUGACCGGCCAAAUAGCCGUCGAGCUCUGCCCCCAGGGCACGCUGGCGGAGAAGCUGCGGGCGGCGGGGGCCGGGAUCCCGGCGUUCUACACGGCGACGGGGGUCAAGACGUUUGUGGAGACGGGCGAGAUCCCGGUGAAGUUUACGCCGGAGGCGGUGCUGGAGAAGGGGAAGGCGAAGGAGACGAGGACGUUUGGUGGGAGGUCGUAUAUCAUGGAGACGGCGCUGCCGGGGGACGUGGCGAUACUGAGGGCGUGGAAGGUGGACGAGGCGGGGAAUUGUGUGUUUAAAUACACAACCAAAACCUACGCCGGCCUCAUGGCCCGCGCCGCCCGCAUCGCCAUCGUCGAAGCCGAGCACAUCGUGCCCAUCGGCUCCAUCGACCCGGACCACGUCGACCUCCCUGGGAUAUUCAUCGACCGCAUCGUGCCCGCCACCGCCCCCAAGAACUUUGAAGUACUCAAGACCGCACCACCCCCGCCCCAAAACAACGACAAAGACGACGCAAGCAACCAGCCAGCAACAGCAACCCUCGACGCCCGCAACCGCAUAGCCCGCCGCGCCGCCCUCGAGCUCCACGACGGCUACUACGCCAACCUCGGCGUCGGCAUCCCCACCCUCGCCGCCUCCUACCUGCCCCCCACCGCCAGAAUCUGGCUGCAAAGCGAGAACGGCAUCCUCGGCAUGGGGCCCUACCCCGCGUCCGCAGCCACCGCCGACCCGGACCUCAUCAACGCGGGGAAAGAGACCGUGACCCUGCUCCCGGGCGCCUCGACCUUCGACUCCGCCGAGUCCUUCGCCAUGAUCCGGGGCGGCCACGUCGACGUGUCCAUCCUGGGCGCGUUCCAGGUGUCCGCCGCGGGGGACCUCGCGAACUACAUGAUCCCGGGGCGCGUGUUCAAGGGCAUGGGCGGCGCCAUGGACCUCGUCUCGAACCCCGAGGCGACCAGGAUCAUCGUCGCGACGGAGCACGUCGACAAGAGGGGCAGGAGCAAGAUCGUGCAGGAGUGCAGGCUGCCGCUCACGGGGAAGGGCGUCGUCAGCACCAUCAUCACGGACCUGGCCGUUUUCCAGGUCGAUCGCGUGGGUGGGGGCGGGCUGACGCUGACGGAUAUCGCGGAGGGGGUGAGUGUGGAGACGGUGAGGGAGAGGACGGAUGCGGAGUUCAAGGUUGCGGAGGAGUUGAGGAGGUUUUGAGUAUCUAGAUACCUAUGGAAGUGAGAUGGUUUAUAUAAGUAUAGGGGUAUGAUUGUAUGGGGUUUAUGUUGGGAAUGCAUAGGAGCUGUAUAUAGUAGUGAGGUAUUCUGUAUAUAUUAACUUGCUGUGUCGGUAGGUAGCGGAGGCAUAGGUUGAAGUAGGCGUAUGUACAGCUUUAUGUACCUGGGCGGUUAGAUAUACCUUAUGUAUGGAACACAG